UCCUUUGACAUUCACCGGAAGCGUGGGAGAAACAGGCAGCGCGCACUCGCCGAGCCGGCACAGGGUCCCUUCCGAGCCCACCGAGCGGCCGGCGACCAGCGGCUUGCCUCGGACCGGGGCCACCGGCGCCACCCGAGUGGGAAGAUUUCUGUCGUGGAGUAUUUUGUCAUUAUGAGAUGACGUCUCUCAGUGCCUCAUUUGUGCAAAUUAAAUUUGAUGACCUGCAGUUUUUUGAAAACUGUGGUGGAGGGAGUUUUGGGAGUGUGUAUCGAGCCCGAUGGAUAUCUCAAGAGAAAGAGGUGGCUGUAAAGAAGCUACUUAAAAUAGAAAAAGAGGCAGAGAUACUCAGCGUACUCAGCCACAGAAACAUCAUUCAGUUUUAUGGAGCUGUUAUCGAACCCCCCAACUAUGGCAUAGUUACAGAAUAUGCUUCUGCUGGAUCACUGUAUGACUAUAUUAAUAGCAACAGAAGUGAAGAGAUGGAUAUGGAUCAUAUAAUGACCUGGGCAAUUGAUAUAGCUAAAGGAAUGCAUUAUUUGCAUCUGGAGGCUCCGGUCAAAGUAAUACACAGAGAUCUGAAAUCCCGAAAUGUGGUUAUUGCAGGAGAUGGAGUAUUAAAGAUCUGUGACUUUGGUGCCUCAAGGUUCCAUUCCCACACAACACACAUGUCCCUAGUUGGUACCUUUCCUUGGAUGGCUCCAGAGGUUAUCCAGAGUCUUCCCGUGUCAGAAACGUGUGACACCUAUUCAUACGGUGUGGUUCUCUGGGAGAUGCUAACAAGGGAAGUCCCCUUUAAAGGCUUGGAAGGAUUACAAGUAGCUUGGCUUGUAGUAGAAAAAAACGAGAGACUGACCAUUCCGAGCUGCUGUCCUGGAAGCUUUGCGGAACUGAUGCAUCAGUGUUGGGAAGCAGAUCCAAAGAAAAGGCCCUCCUUCAAGCAGAUCAUUUCAAUUUUGGACUCCAUGUCCAAUGAUAGCAACCUUCCAGACCAAUGUAACUCAUUCCUGCAUAACAAGGCAGAGUGGCGAUGUGAAAUAGAGGCCACUUUAGAGAGGCUAAAGAAACUGGAACGUGAUUUGAGCUGUAAAGAACAGGAGUUAAAAGAACGAGAGAGACGUUUGAAGAUGUGGGAGCAGAAACUAACUGAACAAUCCAACACACCUUUCUGCUUCCCUUUUGCCGCAAGAAGGUCUGAGGAGUCUUACUUUGAAUCUAAAACAGAGGAAUCAAACAGUGCAGAGAUGUCAUAUCAGAUCACAUCAACGAGUAACGGGGAGUUAGCUGGCGUGAACAAGAGUCUGAACAACUUGAUGAAGGGCUUUGGGGAUGUCUUCUCUAUGAACCAAGCAGGAUCCGUCCUGCAUUCUGGGAUGCAGAUAAAUAUGCAAGCCAAAAAGAAUUCUUCCAAAACCACAUCAAUGAGGAAAGGGAAGAAAAUCAACAUGGCAGUGGGGUUCCCUGAAUUCAGCUUCUCAGAUGACGAUACCGAUGACGAUAUUGAGUUUGAUGAUGAAAGCGAUAGCAGUGAAUGAAAGAACUCUUAACGUAGCACCUAAAACAAAAACGAGUUUGUGCGUGUGUCAGAGGUGGGGGGAAUUCUGCAAGUUUUAUUUAAAUAACAUUUCAAAACACCUUUUUGUUUUGUAGGUCAGCUUUGUGGCUUGUAUGCAAACAAUUAUGUGACUUACGUUUUAUGCCCAUCAAAGGUUUUGCUAAAAAAAAAGUUUUGAACACUUUCAAAACCAACUUGAGUUUUUUAACUGAUUUUUUUCUGAGAGUUUUUGUUGCAACAUUGGUUGUCCAAGUAACAAGCCUAGUCCUGGUACAACAGCAUAAUAAAACUCUGAAAGUUCCUAGAGGUAUUUUGUGUAACCUGCUAUUAAAUAUGCACAAAGUACUAGGUUGCUUUCAACAGGUUAAUACCCUGAAAAUUUCCCUGAAAAUAAGACCUACCCCGAAAAUAAGCCCUAGCAUGAUUUUUUGGGAUUUUUGGAGGAUUUUUGAAAUAUAAGCCAUACUCCAAAAAUAAGCCCUAGUUACAGAUUCUCCAGCGCAGCUGAUCUGGUCACGUGGGGGGCACAAAAUCAUGGGGGGAAAAAUAAGACAUUCCCUGAAAAUAAGCCCUUCCCUAAUGCAUUUUUGGAGCAGAAAUUAAUAUAGGACCCUGUCUUAUUUUCAGGGAAACACUGUAAGUGGAAAACAUGUAUGUGACUACUUGGAUUUUCCCCGUAUAUUCUGUACUUAUUAGCCAAAGAAUGUCAUGUUCAGGAGUAGGCAGUUUGUGAUGGUACACAUCACCUGUUUGGAGGAGGCGAAGUUUAUGGCGCUCUUUCCAGUCCUCUCUUCUCAAACAGGUGGCUAUUCAGAGAAAAUAAUGCUAAUUUGGGUUCUUCAAUGCUCAAGUCAUGCAAAUUUCCCUUCCACAGUCUCCUGACUCCUUUUGCAUGUCUAGACCUGUUGUAGAAAAAGUGAUCCAUACAUGGAAGCAGCAAGAUUUCAUAGGUGUCAAACUCGUGGCCCUCCAGAUGUUAUGGACUACAGUUCCCAUCAUCCCCUGCCAGCACCAUGCUGGCAGGGGAUGAUGGGAACUGUAGUCCAUAGCAUCUGGAGGGCCACGAGUUUGAAACCUGUACAGAACAGGAGUUUGAUCUUCUGCUUGCAUCGUUCCGUUUAAUUGUUGCUAUUUCGGUCCAUUUCGGGGAUGAAACAAAUUUUCGGCUAGGAAGGAGAUGUUGGAUUCAAUUGACUGUCCACUUAAGCACACAGCUGCAACGCUAAGAACUGAACAUGAAAAUUCAUUGGCAGUUUCUUUUUCUUCAAAGGCGCAAGUAGCAUCUUUCAAGCAGAGCUUUGUGUACAGAUACAUUUGUAAAUGCAGGACGUUUCUUCAGUUUUAUUAUCAUCCACAGAACAAUUUAGUUUUUAGGUUGUUUGCUGCAAUAAUUAAGUUUCUCUAAGGUCCUGACCCAGAGAUAUAAACAGCCUGCAAUGAGCUAGCAUUAGAAACUGCAUGCUCAGUGUAAUGGCACUGUGUUGUGGUACCAUUAAUUACCUGAGGGUUUUUGUUAAAGGGGACUCCUCUAAAAUCUAGUAAUCACGAUAGUUUAUUAACUUUCUCUUGAGAGACAAGACAUGUGCAGGAGUCUUUGGGGAGCCUAUUGCUAUGCAUGCACGUGACUUGCAUCAAGGCCUGUGGGUUAUAUAUGCACACUUGUACACACAGCUUGUACUAAUUUGCACUUUUUCACUCCAGUCUAGGGAGUUACUUUGGUUUUAUGCUGCCCUCCUUCCCAACUUCCAAGGAAUCUGAAAUGGCUCAGGUUACCCAGUACUUAGUUACUUCAGUGCCUAGCUAAGAGAUUGAGCUGCAAAUCAGGAAGUUUUCAGUUCAAAUAUCAUUUCUUCCAAGAAUACACUAAACGGGCUUAGGCAAGUCACUCUCUCUUUCAUUCUUCCCCUCUCCCAUGCCAUGCAUCUAUAGUAUAGGGCUAAUACUGGCCUAUCUCACAGUGUGAUUUUUCCCCCCAGAAGUAUAAUGGGCCAGGUUCAAACCAUAAGUUUGGCUUUCUGCUCACAAAUUCCCUGUGAAUGGCAGGGAACUUUUAGUCCAGCCUGAUCUAUUUGAAACAUUUAGAAAGAGAUCGUGAAUGUUCAGAGUAAUUGCUAAGUUCUUGAACCCUAAUCAACCAUGAAGCAUACCUUGGGCCAAUCAGACACUCUCAGUCUGAAUUUCCACACAAGAGUUGUGAGGAUAAAAUGGAGAAGGAAAGAUCAGUGUCAUUUCUCUGAAGGAAGCGUGGGAUUAAGAUAUGAAAAAUGUUCAUUGAUAAAUAACUUGCAAAUAUAUAUAUUUACAAGUUAAGAUUACAUGCUUGAUCCAGGCUAGGCCAGUCUUGUCAGAUCUUGGAAGUUUGGCAAGAUCUGCAUGGUUAGUACUUCGAUGGGAGAUGGUCUAGGACACAGGUGUCAAACUCGCGGGCCUCCAGCUGUUAUGGACUACAGUUCCCAUCAUCCCCUGCUAGCAUCAUGCUGGCAU